AUGGCUGAACCAAUAGGGAAAGGGAGUGAAAGCAUUCACUCAGCAAUAUAGCACUGCCAGCAAUGGAAUCAGGUUCCUCUGUAGAACGACUGGAUGCUGUCAUCACACUCGCUGCUCUCCAGCUCCAACCCUGGGCUUAAUGCAAGGCUUACAGGUCCUUUUAAUGAUGCUCUGCUAUAUGGAUCAGUGCUGAAACAAGACUGGAAACCUUGCCACUGCCACUGCUGCCCCUCCAGGGUAUAUCCAUAGGAUACCUACAGGAUACCUACAGCUUUUGGAUAACCAUCCCUAUAUGAACAGAAAAACUGAGAUGUCCUUGGACUACAGCAGAGGCAAGACAAAGGGGAGGGAAGGUGCACUAGCCAAAGAAAAGAAAGGAUCAGCAGGAUAUAGUAUAUGAACGACUGUAUAUAUAGAGAGCGAUGAGGAGUGCGCUCCAGAACAUGAGCUAACGAUAAAAUUGGUACAGCCAUAAUCCCAGCUAUUGGCAGAUCUACAGAAACGCCCUCUUCUCUGAUUUUGGUUUUCAUUUUUAAUUGUAAUAUUUUAAUAUAAUCCUGAAUUAAACAUUGGAUCAUAGCUGUGGGAAGUCUUAUAAAGAUUUUAAUUUCAGAACCCUGUGAAUUUCCAAUGCAGCAAAGAACAUUUACACAAGCACACUGCCAAGGGAACGUCAUGUAUAAAACCCAACAGAAUGAGCACAAUACACUGACAUCUCCUCUGGGCCUUGUACCUUGAGUUCAUAAUGCUGUGCAGUGAAUGUACUGGGUAACAUUUCUAUGUGGAGUAUUGAACAAAUGGAAGAACAUACACUGUGUGCUUAGGCUUUCAUUCAUUGUAUUACAUUUUCUAGUGCCAUUGUCCUUUAAAAAAAUGGAGACCACAAUUGGUUGGAGCUAUGAACCAGAAAAUUUAACCAUCUAUAUGGUGAACAAGAACGGCUCAAAUGCUAGUGCUCCGUUCACAGGUGUCCAGCUUAUCCAGUCCUACAAACCCCUCUUCAUACCUUGCUACACCCUGGUGGUACUGAUUGGGAUUUUUGGAAACUACCUUCUCCUGUAUGUCAUUUGUCGGACCAGGAAGAUGCACAACGUCACCAACUUCUUUAUUGGGAACCUGGCUUUUUCUGACAUGCUGAUGUGUGCCACCUGCGUGCCUUUUACGUUGGCAUAUGCAUUUAACCCACAGGGAUGGGUUUUCGGGAAGUUUAUGUGCUAUUUUGUAUUCUUGAUGCAGCCAGUGACUGUUUAUGUGUCUGUGUUUACCCUGACGGCUAUUGCUGUGGACAGAUACUAUGCAACAGUGCACCCUCUAAAGAAAAGAAUCUCUGUGACCACCUGCAUAUAUGUCUUGAUGGGUAUCUGGCUUCUGUCCUGUGCCCUUGUUGGACCAGCUAUUGCUCAUACAUAUCAUGUGGAGUUCCAACAGGAAGGGUUCACCAUCUGUGAAGAAUUCUGGAUGGGUAAAGAGACAGAAAGGUUGGCCUAUGCUUACAGUACCCUUAUUAUCACAUACAUUCUACCUCUGUCUGCGGUCUCACUGUCUUACAUCUGCAUCACUGUCAAGCUGAAAAACCGAGUUGUCCCUGGCCACCCCACACAGAGCCAGGCGGAAUUUGAUAGGCUGCGCAAGAGGAAGAUAUUCAGACUCAUUGUGCUGGUGGUGACAGCCUUUGGGAUAUGCUGGCUACCUAUUCAUGUUUUCAACAUAAUCCGAGACAUUGACAUUAAUUUGAUCAACAAGCACUACUUCCUACAUAUUCAGCUUUUUUGUCACUGGUUUGCAAUGAGCUCCUCCUGCUGCAACCCAUUCCUUUAUGCUUGGCUGCAUGACAGAUUCCGUAGUGAGUUAAGAAAAAUGUUCACAUUCAAGCGUAAGAUCAUUCCGACUAACAACUGUGUAGCAGUCAGCGUAAUGCUCUAAGCUAACAUGAUACAUACUGUAUAUGUAUCGAUCUGGUACUGUGUGUAAGUCGGCAUUCAUUGCCUUCAGCCCUUCCUUUACAAGCAACUAAAUAAGGGAGGAUGGUCUGUAUCUAAUAUCACAAACCCCCUUGAGAUUAUUUAACACCAGGAACUUGCAUGAAGACCAUAGAAAUUUCUCUUUUUAUGUUUACAUGCAAUUCAAGCUGUAAAAAAGAAAACGUGCUGCUUCUGGCUUUACAUGUUGGCGCUUUAUCGAUGGAUCACAAUAAUAAAUUUAGUUUCUGGAAAGUGUGAUUGGCUGUCUCAUGCUUGGUUAGACACCCCAGAUAAUAUAUGUAGGCUUGCCUGAGGUGCUGGCACAAUGAUGUUUAUCAUGUAAGAUUUUAAUACUGACAUUUAAAAUGGUAUGGUUCCAGUAAAAUUCAAAGCCAUUCUAUUUAGUACAUUGCCCCCUAUAGUACCAAAUUCUUUAUUCUUUGCUGAUCAAAGAUCACUCACGCAUGCUCAAUUAGUGGCAUUUAGCCUUCCAGUUGGUCCAUUUAUCUGUUGCAGAAGAGCACUUGUGCAUGCACAAUUGGUGGCUCCAGAGAAGGUGGUAGGGGAAGCCCAUAAAAGAGGAGCCCUAAAAGGUAAGCCAGGAAGAUCAUUUGGACCGAAUUGUUGUUCUGCCCUUGGACCAAGGCAUUGCAAAGAAAGUAUAAUUUUGAGUGAUUGCUUUGGCUCAUUAAGGCAAUAAUUAGCAGCCUGGCUGUGCCCCAGAUGCUUUUGCCUUGCUUGGCAAAUUUGGACCUUUCUGCCUAUGACAAACCUGCCACGGAUCAAGCCUAACUGGGCCAGUGGUGGGAUCUGUCAAUGAGUCUAUAAGUACUAGUGAUGAAGGACCCCUUCUGUCAAAACAUAAUAGGUUUGUCAAGAAGAUUUUUGGUGUUGGUACACUUCUAAAAGGUCAGUUGCCAAAACAUGUUUUUUACACAGUAUUAUCCAAGGGGUUUGUAAUUAGCAAUUACUGACUGCCACUCCCUCUCUGGCAAAACAUAAGGUUUCCAUCUGAGCAGUGGAAAUUAUAUGAAAGAAAAUGUAAUUCUAAUAAUUCAUAAAAAAUGCAGUGGGCUUCAAAGUCCUUUGUAAAUAUAUAUGCUUCUGUAAAUAGUUAAUAUCUGUCUGUAUAUAUUUCCUGCUCUACAUGUUCUGACUUCUAAGACAGUGUAGCCAGUGUCAACUGAUGAACAGACCUGGAGGAAAACUGGCUUCUGCUGCAUUGUUUCAAGAAUCAGAAGGAAAAAACAGACCAGCAUAAAUAAAUACAGCCAAUGCAAUGCAUUUACAUGUAACUUUAAAAUCAUUAAAAAUGUUUUGUUAAUGUUUAA